AAUUCUGGUGUGAGAGCUCCCCCUACAGGCCCUCCAACUUCCAAUCUUGGUUGAGGUCUCAGUUCUUUUACACACACAUUGUUAGAGGUUUUGACUUGAGUUCUUGCUAACUGGGAAAGGAAGUGGAGGCCUGGAGAUGCCAUUACAUGUGUGAUUUGUUGUCUCCUUGAGCUUUAGAGAGGAAAAUAAAAUAUUUUACUUGGAUGGAAAAAUUGAAGGAAAGAAGACAAACCACACAGGAGGGUAAGAGAAUCACAAACUUUUCUCACAAGUGUUGAAUUCAGAAGUAAAAGGAGGAGGAAUCCUGGACAAUUUGGUGACACUGAAUGCAGGUGACCCUCUACCACCAAAGCAGGUACCUGUGUUUGUUAGACAAAUACAGCCAGGCCUGCCACCCCUUUAGCUCCAAAGUCCAGGGGUGUGGAGAGCCAGGUCCAAGACACGUGCUGCUCACCAGGGAUGGACAAAUUGCCAACGAUGUGGUGCAUUGUCCUAUUUUCCCUUUUGGCAUGGGUUUAUGCUAAGCCUACUAUGUAUGGGGAGAUCCUGUCCCCUAACUAUCCUCAGGCAUACCCCAAUGAGGUGGAGAAAUCUUGGGAUAUAGAAGUUCCUGAAGGGCAUGGAAUCCAUCUCUACUUCACCCAUCUGGACAUAGAGCUGUCAGAGAACUGUGCAUAUGACUCAGUGCAGAUAAUGUCAGGAGACAUUGAAGAAGGGAAAAUCUGUGGACGGAGAUCCAGCAAGAAUCCCAACUCCCCAGUUGUAGAAGAGUUCCGAGUCCCAUACAAUAAACUCCAGGUGAUCUUUAAGUCAGACUUCUCCAAUGAAGAGCGUUUCACUGGGUUUGCUGCAUACUAUGUUGCCGAAGAUGUAAAUGAGUGCACAGACUUUGCAGAUGUCCCCUGUAGCCACUUCUGCAACAACUUCAUUGGUGGUUACUUCUGCUCCUGCCCCCCAGAAUACUUCCUCCAUGAUGAUAUGAAAAAUUGUGGAGUCAAUUGCAGUGGGGAUGUAUUCACUGAACUGAUUGGGGAGAUCACAAGUCCCAAUUAUCCCAAUCCAUACCCAGAGAACUCAAGGUGUGAAUAUCAGAUCCUGUUGGAGGAAGGUUUCCAAGUGGUGGUUACUGUGAAAAGAGAAGAUUUUGAUGUGGAACCAGCUGAUUCAAAGGGCAACUGUGCUGACAGUUUAGUUUUUGUUGCAGGAGACCAGAAGUUUGGUCCUUACUGUGGAAAUGGAUUCCCUGGGCCACUAAAUAUUGAGACCAAGAGUAAUGCUCUUGAUAUCAUCUUCCAAACUGACCAAACAGGGCAACAAAGGGGCUGGAAACUUCGUUAUCAUGGAGAUCCAACCCCCUGUCCUAAAGAAGUCACUGCCAAUUCUGUUUGGGAGCCUCAGAAGGAAAAAUAUGUGUUCAAAGAUGUGGUGAAGAUAAUGUGUCUGGAGGGGUUCGAAGUUGUACAGGGAAGUGGUAGCUUGACGUAUUUCUAUUCUACUUGUCAAAGUAAUGGAAAGUGGAGUAAUUCAAAAUUGCAGUGUCAACCUGUGGACUGUGGCUCUCCUGAUCCCAUUCAGCAUGGUAGAGUCGAAGAACCAGAAGAUACUUCAUUUGGUUCUGUUGUUCGUUACACUUGUGAGGAGCCAUAUUUCUACAUGCAAAAUGAAGAAAGUGAGGAGUAUCGCUGUGCUGGAAACGGGAGCUGGGUGAACGAGUUGCUGGGCACAGAGCUGCCAACAUGUGUUCCAGUCUGUGGCAUCCCCAGUGAGCCCUUUACAGAAAAACAGAGGAUAUUCGGAGGAUCUUUUGCAGAGAUUCAAAAUUUCCCCUGGCAAGUCUUCUUUUCAGAUCCACGGGCUGGUGGGGCUCUCAUUGAUGAGUACUGGGUGCUGACAGCUGCCCAUGUGGUGGAGAAAAACCGGAACCCGGUAAUGUAUGUUGGGUCUACCUCAUUGGCUUACGAUCAACUGAAAAAUGGCCAGAUGCUCAUUGCUGAGCGUGUGAUUAUUCAUCCUGAUUGGCAUGUCCUGGAUAACCCGGAAACACGGAAGAAUUAUGACAAUGACAUUGCGCUGGUACGGCUUAAAGACCCAGUGAAAAUGGGACCCACUGUCUCCCUUAUCUGCUUGCCAGGCAGCUCCUCAGAAUACAACCCCUCAGUGGGAGACCUGGGACUGAUCUCAGGCUGGGGCAGAACAAACCAUAGAGAUCAUGUUAUAAAACUCAGAGGGGCAAAGUUACCCAUUGCUCCUUUAUCCAAGUGCCGGGAGGUGAAGACAAAAUAUCCGGCAGAGGCUAUAAAUAACUAUGUUUUCACCGAUAACAUGAUCUGUGCUGGAGGAGAGAGAGGUGUUGAUAGCUGUGAAGGGGAUAGUGGUGGGGCCCUUGCUCUACAGGACCCCAAUGAAAAGAACCCCAAAUUCUAUGUAGCUGGCUUGGUGUCCUGGGGCCCGCAGUGUGGGACCUAUGGGAUCUAUACACGAGUGAAGAACUACAUUGACUGGAUAAUGAAGACUAUGCAGGAAAAUAGUACCCCCAGUGUGGACUAAUCCACACAUAUUCUACCAGCUUCUUGGCCUAGGACCAAUCUGUUGCUUUCUGUUCCUCACAAUAUUCCCAUUAUUUCACCAUGACUGAGAGAAGACAUAGAACUAUGAUUUAAAUAGCACUUAGGUUGUAGGUAUGGCUGGAGGUAGUGUUUGAUCAUAACACUGUGUUGGUCAUACAGUGUGGUCUAAAUCUGUGGAUAGCAACAGGGGAGGGGCACUUCUAUCUUACACUAUUCCACAGGGAGUCCCCUUUCCUGAUGACCAACUGGUGUUACAGUUCUGACUCUGAAACUUAUUGUUGGGCGUACCCUUGAUUUUUUUGUUUUCCUGUCGUCUGUUCAAAGUUCUACUUAUUUUAUCAUUCUCAAUGUCUACUAUCUUCUUGUAAUAAAGCAGGUUUAUAACCCAGUUCUGGCUGACUUCUCUUAUUCCACAUCAAGAGCUCAGCACCAUAGAAGGAGAGUGUGAUGAGAGGGAUGUUGUGUCAUGGAAAUUCAGGCAUCUAGCAGCAUAUAUAUAUGUACCUAUACAUAAAUAUACUGUAUAUAUAUUUAUAGCAGCUAAUAUUUAAUUGUCAUGAAAAUGGGGAAUUCAGCUUUUCUCCUCUCUUCCAAUGGAAAUUUACUGACUAUUAUGGGUUAGUAUCAACAUCAUCAACACAAGGUACCAUAUUCUGCUUUUGAAACUCAUUAAAUGUACCUUAACCUCAUUGAGAGUCUACAUAACAACAGUUAGAAUUGGCUGUUUAAGUAUAAAAAUUUGAGGUAUGAACUGUUUCAAUAUGUCUGAAAAUUAAUUUUUCUUUAGUGCUUAUUGUGUAAUACAAUAUUAUGAUUUAAUAAAAAAGAAAAAGAAAAGAAA